AUGGACAUCGACCAUGAAAUCAGCCUGCUCGUGGCUUGCCUCAAGCGCAUUGCCGAGCCUGGACCGGAUGGCAAGCUCCAGACUACCUUUGGCAAGAUCUUUACGGAUGAGAUUCUGGAGCAGCAGUUGGAGAGCCUCGUCGGCACGAUGAAGGCGGCCAAGAAGCGUGGUAUCAUCAGCUUCGAGGGCCAGAUGCUUUUGCAAGGCGCACACGACCAUGUCGUGGUGACGCUGCUCAAGGACGAGUAG